CAUUGGCCAACUCAUCUAUUUAAAGAGGGGGGGACCUCGAAAGCUUCCAAGACCACACUUAGCUAUGGCAAUGCAAGUCACUUUUGUGGUUGCCCUUCUUCUACUCCCCCUUCAUCUCCUAAAUGCAAGAACUGUCAUAACUUCAUUCAAUCGAAGCAGCUUUCCUGAUGAUUUUGUAUUUGGAGCUUCCUCAGCUGCCUAUCAAUAUGAAGGUGCAGCAUUUGAAGGUGGGAAAGGUCCAAGUAUCUGGGAUACAUUUACCCAUAAAUAUCCAGGGAAAAUCUUGAAUGGAAGUAAUGGUGAUGUAGCCGAAGACUUUUAUCAUCGAUACAAGGAUGAUGUCAAAUUGAUGAAGUUUAUUGGACUGGAUGCUUUCAGAUUUUCCAUCUCCUGGCCCAGAAUAUUGCCUCGCGGGAAGCUAAGUGGAGGUGUUAACAAGGAAGGCGUAGCUUUCUACAACAAUCUCAUCAAUGAGCUCAUAUCAAAUGGUAUAAAGCCCUUCGUGACAAUCUUCCAUUGGGACGUUCCCCAAGCACUUGAAGACGAGUACCACAGCUUUUUAAGCCCUCUCAUUGUGGAUGACUACUUAGAUUUUGUAGAGCUGUGUUUCAAGGAAUUUGGUGAUCGAGUGAAGCAUUGGAUUACCAUGAACGAGCCAUAUAUUUUCAUUAAUGGAGGUUAUGAUGGGGGAACUCUGGCUCCCGGUCGCUGCUCUGCUUGGCUAAACAACGAUUGCCCAGCAGGAAAUUCAGCAACUGAGCCUUAUAUAGUCGGACACCGAAUGCUUCUUUGUCAUGCAGCAGCUGUAAAAUUAUACAGAGAAAAAUACCAGGCAAGUCAAAAAGGAGAGAUAGGGAUUACAUUGGUGUCUCACUGGAUGGAACCGUACUCUAGAAGCAAGCUUGACAUUCUUGCAAAACAAAGAGCUCUUGAUUUUAUGUAUGGAUGUACGAAGGUGCAGCAUUUGAAGGUGGGAAAGGUCCAAGUAUCUGGGAUACAUUUACCCAUAAAUAUCCAGAAAUAUCCAGGGAAAAUCUUGAAUGGGAGUAAUGGUGAUGUUGCCGAAGACUUUUAUCAUCGAUACAAGGAUGAUGUCAAAUUGAUGAAGUUUAUUGGACUGGAUGCUUUCAGAUUUUCCUUCUCCUGGCCCAGAAUAUUGCCUCGUGGGAAGCUAAGUGGAGGUAUUAACAAGGAAGGCGUAGCUUUCUACAACAAUCUCAUCAAUGAGCUCAUAUCAAAUGGUAUAAAGCCCUUCGUGACAAUCUUCCAUUGGGACGUUCCCCAAGCACUUGAAGACGAGUACCACAGCUUUUUAAGCCCUCUCAUUGUGGAUGACUACUUAGAUUUUGUAGAGCUGUGUUUCAAGGAAUUUGGUGAUCGAGUGAAGCAUUGGAUUACCAUGAACGAGCCAUAUAUUUUCAGUAAUGGAGGUUAUGAUGGGGGAACUCUGGCUCCCGGUCGCUGCUCUGCUUGGCUAAACAACGAUUGCCCAGCAGGAAAUUCAGCAACUGAGCCUUAUAUAGUCGGACACCAUAUGCUUCUUUGUCAUGCAGCAGCUGUAAAAUUAUACAGAGAAAAAUACCAGGCAACUCAAAAAGGAGAGAUAGGGAUUACAUUGGUGUCGCACUGGAUAGUACCGUACUCUAGUAGCAAGCUUGACAUUCUUGCAACACAAAGAGCUCUUGAUUUUAUGUAUGGAUGGUUUAUACAUCCAUUGAUAUAUGGAGAUUAUCCUGCAAGCAUGCAUAAACUUGUUAAGAAUCGUUUGCCCAAAUUUACCCCGGAGCAAUCUAAGAUAAUCAAGGGUUCUUUCGACUUUCUUGGACUGAAUUAUUAUACAGCAAAAUAUGCAAUUAAUAUUGCCUCUCAGAAUAAUAUCAACGUUAGCAGCUCUACAGAUCCUCUAGUCAACCUCACUUCGGAAAGGAAUGGAAAGUUCCUAGGUGAUCCGACUGGAGUCAGUAUCUUCUAUGUCUAUCCAAAGGGACUUCGAGAUCUUCUUGAAUACACCAAGAAAAACUACAAUAAUCCCACAAUUUAUAUCACGGAGAAUGGGAUUGGUGAUGCAAAUAAUAGCACACGAAUAAAAAGUAUCAAGGAUUUCCAACGAGUUGAUUUCUACCAUCGCCAUCUUUUGGCUGUUCAAGAAGCCAUGAAAUUGGGAGUGAAUGUAAAGGGUUUCUUUGCUUGGUCAUUUCUUGACGAUUUCGAAUGGGGCUUCGGUUAUACCUUGAGGUUCGGUAUAUGCUAUGUGGAUUUCGAAGAUGGACUGAAAAGAUAUCCCAAAAGCUCUGCCCUCUGGUUCAAGAAAUUUCUCCGCAAGUAAAAAGACGGCUACUUUGAUAUGAUGCACUUUUGAGUGGAUCCAGAAAUAGCUUGGGCAUUUCAGAAAAAAAUAUUUUUCCCAUAACUAUAUUUAAGAAGUAUUUCUUCUUUCCUCUUUUUGGGGGAAGCAAUCAGAAUGUGCAAAUAAAUAUCCAAUUGCAAUAUUAUCCUACUACUG